AGUCUCUGAACUUUCUCAUCUGCAAACAGCAUUCCCUCUUUCCCCAAUCAAAUCCAUUCAAAUUUGCUUCCAUCUCUUUAUUCUCCACCUCCGAAUCGAUAGAUACCAAUUCUCGCUAAUUCCCUUGAAAUUCAUCUCAUAAAGUUGCAAUCUUGUCUCGAUCAAUAACAAAAGCAAAACCCCCCAAAAAUGGGCGGUUGUUUCAGCAAGAAAAACCACUCGAGCCCCGACACCAAUGGCUACAGAUCCACUGCAGGAGCCAACGCAGGGUACCAGCAAAUCAACCACGAUUACCAAAAACCGGCGGCGCACAACCAACCUCCGCCGCAGACGCAUCACGCGCCGCCGCCUCCAGCUCCGCAUAAACCCGCGCCUCAACCCGAGCCCGUAGCAGCGGCAGCAGCUCAGAGAUUGGAGCCGAACAACAUUCUGGGUAAGCCAUUCGAGGAUUUGAAGUCGAAAUACUCGAUUGGGAAGGAAUUGGGGAGGGGCCAAUUUGGGGUAACUUACAUGUGCACUGAGAUAGCGACGGGGCAUAGCUACGCCUGCAAAUCGAUUCUGAAGAGGAAAUUGGUGAGCAAGAGUGACAAGGAGGAUAUGAAGAGGGAGGUGCACAUUAUGCAGCAUUUGAGUGGGCAGCACAACAUUGUGGAGUUCAAGGGAGCUUUUGAGGAUCGGCAGACAGUGCAUCUCAUCAUGGAGGUGUGCCGUGGGGGUGAGCUUUUCGACAGCAUUAUCGCGCAGGGGCACUACUCAGAGAAGGCUGCCUCCGAUCUCUGCCGGCAGAUUGUGAAUGUGGUGCAGAAUUGCCAUUUUAUGGGGGUGAUGCAUAGGGAUCUCAAGCCCGAGAAUUUCUUGCUUUCGAGCAAGGAUGACAAGGCAACGCUCAAGGCCACUGAUUUUGGACUCUCUGUCUUCAUUGAGGAGGGGAAGGUGUAUCGUGAUAUUGUUGGUAGUGCGUACUAUGUUGCCCCAGAAGUUCUGCGGCGAAGUUAUGGAAAGGAGAUAGAUGUAUGGAGCGCUGGUGUAAUUUUGUACAUCCUCCUUAGUGGUGUACCUCCAUUUUGGGCAGAGACUGAAAAAGGCAUAUUUGAUGCUAUACUAAAUGAAGAAGUUGAUUUUGACAGCCAACCUUGGCCUUCAAUUUCAAGCAGUGCCAAAGAUCUUGUUCGAAAAAUGCUGAACAAGGACCCCCAUAGAAGAAUAACUUCUGCACAAGUACUUGAGCACCCUUGGAUUAAGGGACAAGCUUCUGACAAGCCAAUAGAUAGUGCGGUACUCUCUAGGAUGAAGCAGUUCAGGGCCAUGAAUAAGCUGAAGAAACUUGCGCUAAAGGUCAUUGCUCAAAGUUUAUCGGAAGAAGAAAUUAAAGGUCUUAAAGCAAUGUUCGCAAAUAUGGACACGGAUAAUAGCGGCACAAUCACCUAUGAAGAACUUAAAACUGGUUUGGCUCGUCUUGGUUCUAAACUGUCGGAAACAGAAGUGCAACAACUAAUGGAAGCUGCGGAUGUAGAUGGUAAUGGGACUAUCGACUACAUUGAAUUUAUCACUGCUACAAUGCACAGGCAUAAGCUCGAACGAGAUGAGCAUUUGUUCAAAGCAUUUCAGUUUUUUGAUAAGGAUAACAGCGGCUAUAUCACAAUGGACGAACUAGAAACUGCUAUGAAAGACUAUGGCAUGGGAGACGGAGCUACCAUCAAAGAAAUCAUUUCGGAGGUGGAUACCGAUAAUGAUGGGAAAAUUAACUACGAGGAAUUCUGUGCAAUGAUGAGAAGUGGAACGACACAACCAGUAAAGCUCUUCUAGAGGAUCGAAAUGGAUGUUUGUUGUGCAGGUCAUUUUCAAACUCGAAAUAUUUCUGCUGAGGAUAUGAGAGUGUUUGAUAAGGGUUGCGGGACAACAUUUCCUUCACAGGCGAGUGGUGAGAUUUAUGAGGCAUUUUAGUUCGAAACUGAAACUUGUUUUUUUCAGAUGAGCGAUAAUUUAUGUUGUUCACUCUUUGUAUAAUGUUGAUUUGUAUGAGUAAUUAUGUGUUCGAUGAAGAUGAUCUUCGUGGUGUGAUCUUUUACUGUUUGGUGAAAAGAUAUGAAGUUUUCUUUCUUAAAA